AUGACAACGAAUAGUAGCAACCUGAAGCUCUCUGGAAAUAUAGUCAGUCUCACAAGCAAGCAACCACAGCACACACAGCAACAGCAGCAGCAGCAGCCGCCACAGCACCAGCACCUCUCGUUACAGCAGCACCAACAGCACCAACAGCAGUUACAGCAUCAGCACUUGCAGCAGCAGUUCCAGAAGCAGAAACUGAAGCACCAACAGCAUCAGCAACAGCAGCAGCAGCAGUUCCAGCAGGCAGGACAUCCCGUGUUCCCGUCAGCGGCCACCAAUGGUCUGAAGCCAUCAGCUGUCGGUGGAGGACUUGCCCCGAAUGGGCUCGUGAGUGGCAUACCGCAGCAGCAGCAGAACGUCAACGUUCCAUCGCCGACCGCCGGCAGCCACAUCCCGCCCCGGUACCAACCACCACCGCAACCCCACGGCGGCGGUAUCCUGAAGAACGGCUACACCAACGGGCACCUGAAGGCCUACCAGAGGCACGAGAACCCCGGCGGUGCCCUCCCGAACGGCUUCAACGGCAGCAAACAGCAGCAGCAGCACUACGGAUCGGAGAACCUGAAAAGGCCCCCGAACCCCUCGCGGCUUCUGGCGCCCCGGCAGCACAUUCGCUUCUCGAACCUGCCGCCCGUCGUGAACGGUGGGACUUCCGGUGGCCCGCCAACCGCGUCCACGACUCCUACCCUCACCGUAGCACUAAGUCAGCAAUCUCAGUCACAGCAGCAGCAGCAGCAUCCGACGCAGCCACUGCAAGCCCAUCACCACCUGCCGCCGCCGCCGCCCCACACGCGGCUCAGCUCGGAGUCGUCGUCCGAGGACCAGACGACCAGCUCGACGCGAUCGCUGCAGGCGCACCUGGCGCACGCUAAACCGAGUCCACCCGUCGCCGGUGCACACCUUCACCAGACGACGGCCAUCGUCCAUCACCACCCCGCCGGGCAGCAGCCUAACUCUAACGGCCCUGUCAGCGGAGGUGGAGGCCCCACACAUCCGGCACUCGCCGCCAAACCGGGGCAGCCUCCGGUGUCGAACCUGCCCACGGCCACCCAUCAGCAGCAGCAGCAGGUCCAUCCGGUUCAGGUGCACCCACAUCCGCAACAGCCACAGGAGAUGCUGAAGUUCGUCCGGAAAGCCGAGUCCGAGACCUCCUCGACACCGACCUCGUCCAGUGGUGGCGGUGGUGGCGGCGGAGGCAGCGGCGGUGGCCGCAUAUCGGCGCUCGAGCAGAAUCGACACUUUCAGAAUCUACUGGCCGAGCUGCGGGCACUGAAAGAGGCUAACCAACGGUUGAGUGACGACAACCAGGAGCUAAGGGACCUGUGCUGCUUCCUGGAUGACGAUCGGCAGAAGGGCCGCAAGUUGGCCCGGGAAUGGCAACGCUUCGGGCGGUACACGGCCAGCGUUAUGAGGCAGGAGGUGUCCGCGUAUCAGACGAAGUUGCGGCAGCUGGACGACAAGCAGCAGGAGCUGAUCCGGGACAAUCUCGAGCUGAAGGAACUCUGCCUGUAUCUGGACGAGGAGCGGAACAACACGAACGGCCGGGUGGCGGCCACCGUCUGCUCGAGCUGUGGCUCGAACGCGACGACGACGAAUGCGGUUCCGCUCCGGGACGACGGUGACGGUAGCAGCUCGAGCACGAACGCCGACGAAACCCUGCACAAUAUUGGCCAGUUCUGUCGCAACGGAAUGACGGACCUCAACAUGCGCUCGACGCUCAGCGAUCAGACGCUCCAGUACGUGCGGGCCCUCGAAUCCCGGAUACGGCAGCUAGAGGAGGAACGGGCCGUGGUGUUGAAUAACUCGGCCGUUGCCACCACAAACGGUGGUGGCAGUGGUGGCGGUGGCGGAGGAGGAGGAGGUCAGGUGACCUCAGGCACGGAUCCAAUUUCCGGACGGCCCGAAGCCGUCGUGAGGGCAUUGCAAGUGCUUGAGGUACGCGAGCAGCUGGAACGCGAGCGGAUCGGUACGACGCCGCCGGAUCAGCUGGACGACGGCGAGAAGGCACUGGUCCGCGAGAUGUGCAAUGUGGUGUGGCGCAAGCUGGAGGAGGCUCCCAACACCGGCAUCGAUCAGCACGUCUGACCACCCCGUUUGGAUGGUCCAAUUUCAAACACGACGAUGUACAAAUUAAUCCUAAUGAAACGCUCGGCAGCAGUCCACUAUGAAGAUCAAAUCUUUCACGUUCUACGUCACGGGGUGGCCACCGAUCCGAGGGCGAUCUUGUGCGCGACACAAGAACUACUCUCAGAGGUCCCAUGGUACCCGAGGCCACAUUCCCGACUCCCUUCGAGAGAGCUCAUGCGAGAGCGAGCCCGCGCACGGAGAGCGGGACCAGGGAAACGAGCAUCGGCCACUGCUAGGUUUAGUGUAUUUAUCUUCGGUCAUCGUUUAUGUUAGGGCUAUGGGUGUGCCGUUCGUUUCCCGUUGUGAUCCUUGCGAUCCUCCUGUGCCGGCGCGGCCUCGCAUGACGCCCCCUUUCUGGCGACCCGACUCGGAGAAGAAUAUGUACAAGCUUUAGCGUAGUCAGAGUCACAGGGAUACAGGUAGAUGCGUGCGGCUUUUAUCAAUUUUAUACGGUAUCUGUAGCGUUAUCAUAGCUCUUCACUUUGCCCGUCGGAAGUGAUCAGUGUGCAAACACGGCGGACGCUAUGUCACCGAUGUGGACGGCGGCGGGCAACAUCAGAGGCGGGUUGGCCGCCCGAUUGGCUUUACUGUAACAGGAUAGGCUAGGCUAGGGCUAGCAGAUAACAACGGUUUUUUUACACAUACACCUAACCUGUACAGAAACGAGCGACGACUGUGACGCGACGACAGAGGGACAAACGAGAAAACGGACGGCGUGUAACGUUUAAGGCAAUGAUAAGUGUUGUUUUAUGUAUGCAUUCAUUUAUACACCGGAACUCGUAUAAUAUUUUAUUGCUAUUUUUAUGAAUAUUUUAUGGAGACGAUUAUUGAAAGAGCAAAAAUAAA